UUAUGUCCUUGGAGAUGUUCAGUGUCUUGUUGACUGAUAAGGCGUGUGGAUUCCAUUCCGACCUCACACUUAAAAUGGUGAGCAACAUCCCAUGGAGUGUUCUUACCUUUGCCUGGUGGCUUACAGUUCAUUCAUGGUUUGCUUGGAGUUGCCCCGAUUCAUGUGAUUGCUUUAGGAGGGUGAAGAUUUUUUGUACCAGUUCUGCAAUCAAAGAGGUUCCCAGCAACAUCUCUGUUACUGUUACUGAACUUGUGUUUUUGGAAACUCAUAUAGGCACCAUAGGUAACACCACUUUCAUGGGGAAGGAUCGGCUAAAGAAGCUGGUUUUUAUAAGCAACCAGAUCAAAUCUAUAGAUGUGGGAGCAUUGCACUGGUUCCCUAAACUGACAGACCUGGAAAUAACAGCCAAUCCCUUAUCGGAGAUACACCCAGGUACAUUUGACAAUUUACCAGAACUUCUAAAACUCACCGUGACCUUUAAUUAUAUAGAGGAACUUCCAUGUGAGCUUCUUCAAAAGACACAGAAUUUACAAAUCCUAAUUUUACAAGGAAAUAAUAUUUCAGCCCUCUGCAGUGAAAUGUUUUCCUCCAUCAAAAACCUGGUGGAACUCAGUCUUGACUCCAAUGGAAUCAUGCAUCUUCCUGUGGACCUGUUCAAACCUCUGCAAAAACUCAGAGUUCUUAAGCUCAGCAACAACAAGCUAUCCAAGCUCCCGCCAGGCAUAUUUGAUUGCUUAAAAGAACUUUCUGAGCUAUAUUUGAAUGGAAAUGGUUUAACCACAAUUCCAGGGCAUACUUUUGAGAAAUUAACUUCUUUAAAGAAACUGAUGCUUAUGUCAAACUCCAUUAAAAUGCUGUCUGACGGCAUUUUUUCCGCAUUGGUUAACCUUACCAUACUGAGACUAGACUGGAAUCGGCUUGAAUAUCUUCCUUUUGGGAUCUUUAAUGAAACUACCAGUUUGCAUAUACUGUCAAUAAAUGGAAACAGACUGCAGGCAAUUCCGGAAGGCAUAUUUUCUAGACUUCAUCAUGUUAAAAAAUUAGACUUGUGUAGCAACCUUUUGGAAAAGCUACAAAAUUCUACUUUCCAAGGGCUUCACUCCCUCACUCACCUUCACCUUGACAAUAAUAACCUAACUUUUAUUGAAAACAAUGUAUUUAAAGAUUUGAAUGAUCUUAAAAUGCUUACUCUCCAUCACAACAAUCUGACAACGAUUUUGGAUGGAACUUUUGAUCCACUGUUUAACGUAGCAUCCUUGGUCCUUCAUAGUAAUCCAUGGUUAUGUGACUGCUCAUUUAUGUAUCUUCUAAAAUGGAUAAAAGAGAACAGUGAUUUUACUCAGGUCUCUGAAAUGCAAUGUGAAAAGCCUCAGCAUCUCAAGGAAAAAGCUUUGUCACUUCUGAGAAAACAAGAUCUUAGUUGUCCGACAAACACCAGAAUUCACGUACCAGAUAUUCCAUCCACCAAUGACCAAAGAGUCAUGAAGAACGCCCCUUUAAGCCCAUGUUACCUAACCACUAAUGGUGAUUUGCAUUUGACCUGUAAAGUCAAUGUUUGCAAAAGUAUGAGGAUUCAUGUCUCUCUACAGCGUGAAUCAAAUACAACCACCUUCGUGCGUGAUUUCGGCAACUUUCAGCCUCAUUGCACUGACGUAAUUUUCAAUAUUACUAUUAAUUAGAAGGUCUUCUACUGUAUUUUCUAAAGAUCACUAGAAAGUUGCAUCUCUUUCUGAGUUUCUGAGGUGGAGGAGCAAAGGUUUAUAAGAGGGAUUUGAAAAUGGAAUCUUAUUGAAGAGUACUAUAAACAGGGAAAACUAUUUUUGGAUCUCAACCAAUGGGUUCUCAUGUGAUCUUAUCAUCACUACUGCCAACUCACAACCAAGUCACAGAGUACUGCUCCAUAAGGCAGACUAUUAUUAACAUGCUUGCAUCAGCCCAAGAUGCGCUGUAUCGUGUAUUAGUUUAUAAGCAUGUGUAUGCACUGCUGCUGUCUGUUUUCUUCCUUAGGCUUAAUGUUGUAUGAUUGUCUAUGGCAACAAUCUUUUAUAUAACAGCAAGCUAUUUGGUAUAUAAUCUGCCUUCAUUACAAUCUGUUAUUUUUGGAAUAAACAAUAAAAAUAACCAAAUCGUA